CGCGCACUUUAUUAUUUUUACUUAAAGAGUUAAUAACAAAAGCGUUCACUGAGAACAGAGCUGAGAGUUCCGUUUGGUUUCAUCAUCGUUGUCAAUGACAGAACCGGUAGUGAUUCACUCAUGGUCUGCGCCAAGAUCUCUCAGCACCAGCCUCAUGUACUCCUUUGCACAGAGAGAUGACAUUGAAGUUGUGGACGAGCCGUUGUAUGCAGCAUUUCUUAAAGCUACUGGUUUUGAUCGGCCAUACAGAGAUGAUGUUCUCUCCAAGAUGGAGAGCAAUGGAGAUAAGGUUGUGAAUGAUAUCAUCUAUGGAUCAGGAUCGAACAAGUACCGGUAUUGUAAGCAUAUCUCGAAACAACGGCUUUUCGGUUUGCCAAGUGAACUGAUGAGUAAAGGAAAGCAUUUCAUAUUGAUAAGAAACCCUCUUAACAUACUGCCUUCCUUUGAGAAGGUACAUCCUCCAUCGUUUUUCGAGUUAGGCUUGGGGGAGUUAGUGUCGAUAUACAGUGAUCUCUGCCAGAUGGGAACACCACCAGCAAUCAUCGAUGCAGAUGAGCUUCAGCGAGAUCCCGAGACCACACUACGCGGUCUUUGCGAUGAUUUGGAGAUUCCAUUUCAAGCUUCUAUGCUUAAAUGGGAGGCUGGUCCUAUACCAGAAGAUGGAGUAUGGGCACCAUGGUGGUACAAGAGUGUGCACGAAUCAACGGGGUUCUCAUCUUCUAAGAAGUAUCCUCGGACAUUCCCUUUGUCGCAUUACGAUUUGCUGGAGAAAAGUUUACCGCUUUACAACAUUCUUAGGAGCCAUGUGAAGCACAAAUCCUCACUCUUGAGCAGUCACUUGCCUCCUCCUAGUCUCCCAGUUCCUGAAAACGCAAAACUUCUUGCAUGGGUCGGUGACGAGAUUUUGCCUCGUGAGAUGGCAAAGGUUUCUGUUUUUGACUCGGUGGUACAAGGCGGUGACUCGGUAUGGGAAGGACUUCGGAUUUACAAGGGGAAGAUAUUCAAGCUCGAAGAGCAUCUAGAUCGGUUGUUUGAUUCAGCAAAGGCUCUGGCUUUUGACAAUGUUCCACCGCGUGAAGAGAUAAAAGAAGCUAUCUUCAGAACUCUCAUAACCAAUGGUAUGUUUGACAAUACACAUAUCAGGUUGUCUCUAACUCGAGGCAAAAAGGUAACUUCUGGAAUGAGCCCUGUGUUUAACCGAUAUGGAUGUACUCUUAUUGUGGUUGCCGAGUGGAAGCCUCCGGUUUAUGACAACGACGUUGGAAUUGUGCUGGUGACGGCAAGUACUCGCCGAAACUCUCCCAAUAAUUUGGAUUCCAAGAUUCAUCAUAAUAACCUUCUCAAUAACAUACUAGCAAAGAUUGAAAGUAACAACGCAAAUGCCGCGGACGCCAUUAUGCUUGACAAGGAUGGUUAUGUCUCUGAAACCAAUGCAACCAACAUUUUCAUGGUGAAGAAAGGCUGCGUUCUUACUCCCCAUGCAGAUUACUGUCUCCCUGGCAUAACCAGAGCUACUGUGAUGGAGCUUGUGGUGAAAGAGAACUUCAUCUUAGAAGAACGAAGAAUCAGUCUCUCAGAAUUCCAUACAGCUGAUGAGGUAUGGACAACAGGAACCAUGGGAGAAUUAAGCCCGGUUGUCAAAAUCGAUGGCCGUGUGAUUGGUGACGGAAAAGUUGGACCUGUAACGAGAGCACUACAAAAUGCUUACAAGAACCUCACGGAGGAUUCAGGUGUGCCAAUACCUACUUACCAAGAACCCUGAAAUGCAAAGCAAGAGCAAGUAGUUCAUGCGUGGCGAUGGAAAGCAGUAUUUAAAAUUGGAAAGCAGUCAGAAGUGCGUGCUGUUUGUACCUUUUCAAACUUGGAGACUCGCUCAAAUAGGAGUAUAAUUUUAAAUCAAAGUCAGCGUUUCUUGUUUGACCAAACGUGAGAAGUAUGACCGAAACAGCCACCACACGUAUGGAGCAUCUUUUUCUUUCUUUUGAUCGGCAAAUCAGUUUAUUGCUAAUCUUUUUAAAAAAAUUUCCUUAAUAUAGGUCGAGAGGACAAUGAACAAACUAAUUUAAGUAUUAGAAAGACGAAAACGAAAAAGCAGAGGUCGAGAGGAGAGGAAACCAUUGUGGAGAGAAUAUAGAUUUGGGCCAUUUCCUUUGUUGGAAUUUUAACUUGCUAAUGUCCCAUAAAUAAACCUAUUAUCAUAUAAAUUUCUGGA